UUUAUCUGGUUUUACCUUGUUUUUUGUGUUAAAUUGUGAUUAGAUUUGCAAAUUAUUCAGUGCGUUAGAGCCUCACAAUUGAAUUAUGAGCUACCACAGUAACAAUUUCGACCUUUUUGAUGGUUCUUAUUACACAGAUGAGGAAGAUGGGGCCCCAGAAACCGAAAAUCUGUCACGACUUAAUUAUAGAGAGACCAGUCAAGUCACUGACGACGAAAGUGACCAAGAAAAUAACCCUAAGUCUUCCCAGGACACCCCAGAAAUAAUUGAGGACUCAAUCGGCAUCAUUGAAAUAAGUGACAGUGAGAAUGAGCCCCCAAGUACAAGACUUGACGUCACAAAAGAGACCCCCGAAAUUCAGAUUGAAGACAGUGGCGAUAACCCUAAGACUUCCCAGGACACCCCAGAAAUAAUUGAGGACUCAAUCAGCAUCAUUGAAAUAAGUGACAGUGAGGAUGAGCCCUCAAGUACAAGACUUGACGUCACAAAAGAGCCCCCAGAAGUUCACAUUGAAGACAGUGACGAUAACCCUAAGACUUCCCAGGACACCCCUGAUAUAAUUGAGGACAGCCUCAGGAUUGUUGAAAUGAGUGACGAGGAUGAGCCCCCGAGUACAAGUCUUGACGUCACAAAAGAGCCCCCAGAAGUUCAGAUUGAAGGCAGUGACGAUGAGCAACCAAGAACGAGUCUCAAACAAACAAACAAACAACACUUCCUUUGUCACGAAACCGACACAUAAAACAGUCGUGGGGCACCAGGAGUACCAAAAACAGGUGAAAAAAGUCAACUCAUUUGAGGCUGAUUUAUUGAGGACUAGAAAUGCUAUGAGGGUCAUAAAAGAGAAGAAUUUGCGAGAUCGGGGGAUAUCCCUCACUGAGAAAGUCCAAUCUUUGGAGGAAUUACUCCAAAAAGAGAAGACUAUUUUAGAUGGUAUGGAAGUGACCCAGUAGGCAGCUUUAACAGCCCAGAAUCGCAUUGAAGUGGCUUGGGAGGAGAUCGAGGCGGGGGUGAACGCUGUGAGGCCCCGAACAUUAGGCAAAACAAUACAAGUUGUACUGUUUUUUUUUUAUUUCGGAUAUGAUUUUACGCUUACCUAAACUAAAAUGUAAGAAAAUAAUGUUUUUUUGACCGCUAACCGCUAAAACUAAAAAAACGUACUUUUAUGAAAGAUUUUGACUUUUUGUGUUGAUUCUGGGUAUCAAUUGUUUAAA